CCUCCCUCCAAACUUUACUACACUUUUUUUUUUAUUUCUUUUGUGGGUGAAAGCUGGAAAUGAGUUUCUAACUUUCUAUGUUUACUACAGAUAUUCAUAGGAAAAUAUGGAAGGUAAAGCUUCAACUUCAAUUGCGCAAAGUGUAUUAACUGAAGGAAAUGUGGGUUUCAUUGACACUGUGUUUGCAUGGUCUCUUGAAGACAUAUUCAAUGAUGAUCUUUAUAAGGAUGAGGUAGGAAAGAUUCCAGAUGCAUUUCAGUCAAUGGAACAAUAUCUUGAGUCUUAUGUUUUGCCUUUGUUGGACGAGACACGAGCAGAAAUGCGCUCAUCUAUGGAAGUUAUAGCUAGAGCACCGUAUGCUGAAGUGACACAUCUUCAGGAGGCAAAGCCACAUGGAAAAUUAUUGUUUAAUGUGAAUGUUGAUUACUGGAGAAACAGGUUCAAUGAUCGUGAGAAGGAACCAUACAAAACAUUGCCUGGAGAUGUUUUUGUUAUAGCAGAUGUUAAACCUGAAACUGCUUCUGAUUUACAACGGGUAGGUAGAAGCUGGACUUUUGCAUUAGUCACUAAGAUUUCAGGGGUUUCGGAGGAUCCAGAGGAUGACGAUGUUGAUAAUAGCUCAUCUACUAUCUUCAAAGUGAAGGCACUGGAAGACCUUGCAUCCAAAGAUGACAUGCAGAGAUCACUAUUCGUAGUUUUCUUAAUGAAUAUAACCACAAACAAGCGAAUAUGGAAUGCAUUGCACAAGAGGGGCAACUUAAAGAUUAUCAAACAACUUUUGCGCGCUGGUUCUAUGGUAGAAGAAAGCUGCAGUCUCUGUUCCUCUGAGAAUGGUGGAACCUGGAAUGAUAUUUUUCUGACAAGUUUCCUAUCUCAACUGAAUGAAUCUCAAAAGAAGGCAGUUAUGGCUUGUCUUAACAAAAUGCAGUGCCGCCACAAGUCUCACGUCGAACUUAUUUGGGGCCCACCUGGAACUGGGAAAACUAAAACUGUUAGUUUGCUGUUGUUUACUCUGUUAAGAAUGAAGUAUAGGACACUCACUUGUGCCCCAACAAAUAUUGCAAUUACAGAAGUAGCAGCACGUGUCUUGAAGCUGGUAAAAGAAGCUAAGGAAACACGCUCUGUAGCAGAUGAUCCAUUUUGUUCCCCGGGAUUGGGAGAUAUCCUCUUAUUUGGCUCUAAAGAGAGACUUAAAGUUAAUUCUGAGAUUGAAGAAAUAUUUCUGGAUUAUCGUGUAAAGAUGCUUACAGAGUGCUUUGGGCCGCUGGGUUGGUGGCACUGUUUUACUUCAAUGAUAACUUUUCUUGAAGGUUGUGUCUCUCAAUACCUUAUUUUCUUGGAAAACGAAUCAAUCAAAGAGAGGGAACAUGGUAGCGAAAAUGAAAACCGAGAGAAAGAUUGUUGCGGUGAAACUGAUUGUAAGAAGGUGAUACACAAAUCAUUUCUUGAAUAUGCAGGAGAAAGAUUUACCCAUACAGCAUUACCACUUAGAAGAUGUGUCUCAAUUUUAUGCACUCAUAUCCCCGAAGUCUACUUUCUGGAAAAUAAUUUCCAAGACCUUAAAAGUCUUUUUAGCCUGCUUGAUUCUUUUGAAACUUCACUGUUUCUUGAUGAUGUGGUUUCGGAAGAAGUGGAGAAGCUCUUUUUACAUUCAAAAGAUGAUAAAUUGCAUCUGCAAAAUUUUUCCGGUGCAUCACUUUUAUUGUUCUCAGUAAGAGGCAAGUGUCUUUCUGUUUUGAAGGCCCUCCGUGUUUCUCUUGGUGAACUUAAACUACCAAGUGCGAGGAACAAAGAUUCCAUCAUAGAAUUCUGCUUUCAAAGAGCAUCUUUACUCUUUUCCACUGCAUCCGGUUCUUAUAAACUCUAUAAAGUUAAAAUGAAUCCACUGAAUGUGUUGGUAAUUGAUGAAGCGGCGCAGUUGAAAGAAUGUGAAUCAGCCAUACCCUUGCAACUGCCGGGUAUAGCACACUCCGUUCUUAUUGGUGAUGAAUGGCAAUUACCUGCUACAGUUAAAAGCAAUGUUUCUCAUACAGCUGGCUUUGGAAGAAGUUUGUUCGAAAGGUUGAGUACAUUGGGUCACUCAAAGCACCUACUGAAUAUUCAGUACCGAAUGCAUCCGUCAAUCAGUUGCUUUCCAAAUGCAAAGUUCUAUAAUAACCAGAUCUUGGAUGUGGCAGAAGUUAAGCAUAAGAGAUAUGAGAAACAUUAUCUUCCAUGGCCUAUGUUUGGAACCUAUUCCUUCAUAAAUGUCUCUGGAAGAGAGGAAGAGGAUGAUAUUGGGCAUAGCUAUAGAAAUAUGGUUGAGGUAGCUGUGGUGCAGAGGCUGGUGCGAACUCUGUUCAAAGCAUGGGAUGGCUCAAGAGAAAAGCUCAGUGUUGGCAUAAUAUCUCCCUAUGCUGAUCAGGUUGUUGCAAUUCAGGAGAAACUUGCUGGGAAGUAUGAGAAAACUGAUGGCUUUGCCGUGAAGGUGAAGUCAGUUGAUGGGUUCCAGGGUGGUGAGGAAGAUAUUAUCAUAAUAUCAACUGUGAGAUCAAAUAGUUCAGGAAAAAUUGGGUUCAUAUCCAAUUCUCAAAGAACUAAUGUAGCUCUUACAAGGGCUAGGUAUUUCCUUAAAUUAACUUUUUUUCGUUUCAGUUUUUGCAAUUCUGUAAUAAGUUGCAAUAUAUUACUGGGUUUUCAAUGCCUUCUUAGGCACAGCCUCUGGAUUUUGGGGGAUGGAAGAACACUGGCCAAACUUGAAUCUGUGUGGCAGGCAUUAGUUCAUGAUGCAAAGGCGCGUCAUUGUUUCUUUAACGCUGAUGAAGACAAGGAACUGGCAAAAGCUAUUUUAGAUGCCAAGAAAGAUUUUGGUCAACUUGAUGACUUGCUUAAUCGGGACAGUGUUCUCUUCAAAAACGCUAGGUGGAAGGUUCUUUUCAGUGAUUACUUUAGGAAGUCAUUUGGGAAGCUGAAAUCUGUCCAGACCCAGAAAUCAGUUUUAAACCUUCUCUUAAAACUUUCCAGCGGCUGGCGACCUAAGAAGAGAAAUGUGGAUUUAAUUUGUGAAAGCUCUUCGAUGGUCUUAAAACAAUUCAAGGUUGAAGGUCUUUAUAUUGUCUGCUCAAUUGAUGUAGUGAAGGAGCAGAGGUACACUCAAGUAUUGAAGGCUUGGGAUCUUUUGCCAUUAGAAGAUUUUGAAAGACUGGUUAAGCGCCUUGAUGGUAUCUUCAAAAUGUAUACUGAUGAUUUUAUCAGGCAUUGCAAUGAGAAAUAUCUGGAGGGGGAUUUGGAAAUUCCCAAAACUUGGACAACCUCAUUUGAAAUUGUCAGGUAUAAGACUGUAAGCCAAGAUGAAAGAGAGAACAGUUCAAAUGGAAGUGCUUCGGAUGGUAGAUGUUAUUUGGAGAACUCAAAAGUGAAUGAUAGCUUGUUGUUGAUGAAAUUCUACUCUUUAUCAUCGGGUGUUGUGAACCACCUUCUUUCUGAUCCAGAUGGAAGAGAACUAGAACUUCCAUUUGAGGUGACAGACCAGGAACUUGACAUAAUUUUAUUCCAAAGAAGCAGUUUUAUACUAGGAAGAUCAGGCACUGGGAAGACUACUGUGCUGACCAUGAAGUUGUUUAAGAAAGAGCAAUUACACCAUUCAGCAACUGAAGGAUUUUAUGAAGUCAACCCAAAUAACUCCAAUGAAGUCUGUCGGGAAAACAGAAUCAUGGGUGGUGUUGAAGGGACUGAAGCAACUCCACUGCGCCAGCUUUUUGUAACAGUCAGUCCUAAACUUUGUUAUGCCGUGAAACAUCAGGUUCUUCAAUUGAAAAGGUUUGCCAGUGGAGGAAACUAUUCUGAAGGGAGUGCCUUGCAAGAUGAGGAUGAUAUUGAUGGUGCAGCACAAUUCAAGGAUGUUCCCGAUUCAUUUGUUGAUAUUCUUCCUAAAGCAUACCCUCUCGCUAUAACUUUACAAAAGUUUCUGAUUAUGCUUGAUGGAACAGUUGGUAACUCGUUCUUUGAGAAAUUUUAUGAUGCUAGGGAGUUAUCAAAUUGGGAAGUUGGAAAGGCAUCGGUUUCCUUGCGAAAUUUUAUAAGAACAAGGGAGGUAAAUUAUGAAAAGUUUUGUUCAACUUAUUGGCCCCAUUUUAAUGAUAAGCUGACAAAAAAGCUAGACUCAUCCAGAGUCUUCACGGAGAUAAUGUCUCAUAUAAAAGGUGGAGUGAGAUCAGGGGAUUCUUGUGACGGGAGACUCAAGGAGGAGGAUUAUAUCAAAUUAUCUGAGGGUCGGGCGUCGACCUUAACUAGACUUGAGAGACAGAUGAUAUAUGAUAUUUUUCAAGAUUAUGAAAAAAUGAAAGGAGAAAAUGGCGAGUUUGAUAUGGCUGAUGUUGUGAUUGAUCUUCACUAUCGACUUCAAAAUGAAAGGUAUGAAGGUGAUAUAAUGGAUUUUGUUUAUAUCGAUGAGGUGCAAGAUCUUACAAUGAGGCAGAUUGCUCUUUUCAAACAUGUUUGCAAAAAUGUAAGUGAAGGCUUUGUUUUCUGUGGGGAUACAGCACAAACUAUUGCCAGGGGUAUUGAUUUUAGGUUUGAAGAUAUACGAUCCAUUUUCUACAAUGAGUUUGUUUUGGAAUCAAAAUGUAAAACAAAUGAUGGGAAAAAGGAGAAAGGUCAAAUAUCUAAAAGUUUUCACCUGAGCCAGAACUUUCGUACACAUGAUGGUGUCCUAAGGUUAGCGCAGAGUGUCAUUGACCUUCUUUACCGUUUCUUUCCUUCAUUUGUGGAUAUUUUAUGCCCUGAAACUAGUCUCAUAUAUGGAGAAGCCCCGAUUUGGCUUGAAUCUGAGGAUAAAGACAAUGCAGUUGCAACAAUAUUCAGGAACAAUGGUAAUGUCGGGGGACAUAUGGCUGGAUUUGGAGCAGAGCAGGUCAUAUUAGUACGAGAUGAUCUUGCUAAGAAUGAAAUGUUGAAGUAUGUUGGCAAGCAAGCUCUUGUUCUGACUAUAGUGGAAUGCAAAGGUUUAGAGUUUCAGGAUGUAUUAUUGUACAACUUUUUUGGGUCCUCACCUUUAAAGAAUCAGUGGAGAGUUGUAUAUGAAUACAUGAAGGAGCAAGGCUUGCUUGAUGCGAAUUGCUCAUUUCCAAGUUUCAAACAGUCAAAACACAACAUUUUGUGUUCUGAAUUGAAGCAGUUAUAUGUUGCUAUCACCCGCACAAGGCAAAGACUGUGGAUUUGUGAAAAUGUAGAAGAGUUUUCCAAGCCAGUGUUCGAGUACUGGAAGAAGAAGUGCCUUGUUCAAGUUAGGAAGCUGGAUGAUUCACUUGCACAAGCAAUGCAAGUUGCAAGCAGUCCAGAAGAGUGGAAGUCACGUGGCUAUAAGCUGUUGCAUCAGGGUAACUAUGUGAUGGCAACAAUGUGCUUUGAAAGAGCACAUGAUACGUUUGGGGAAAAACUAGCCAAGGCUUUUGGACUUAGGGCAGAUGCUGACCAGUUGCAUGGUUUAAAUCCUGAAAGGGCUUCCACUGCCAGGAGGCAGGCUGCUGAAAUUUUUGAUUCCAUUGGCAAGGCUGAGCAUGCAGCAGAUUGUUUUUACAUGUUAACGGAGUAUGAAAAAGCUGGUAAAAUAUAUUUGGAAAAAUGUGGGGAAUCUGCUCUAGAGAGAGCUGCAGAAUGUUUUCUUCUUGCUGGAUGUUACAAGACUGCAGCAGAAGUGUAUGCAAGAGGCAACUAUUUCUCAAAAUGCUUGUCUGUUUGUUCAAAAGGAAAACUCUUUGACAUGGGCUUGCAUUACAUUCAGUACUGGAAACGACUUGCAAAUGCAGAUGAAGAAAUGGUCAAAAGAAGUAAGGAUAUGGAGGAACUUAAGCAAAAGUUUUUGGAGAGCUGUGCACAUCAUUACCAUGAGGCUAAUGAUAAGAGAACAAUGAUGAAUUAUGUCCGAGCUUUUGAUUCCAUGAGUUCAAAACGAAAAUUCUUGCAGUCCUUAGAGAGUCUUGAUGAGCUUCUCCUUCUUGAAGAAGAAUUAGGGAACUUCUUGGAAGCAGCAAACAUUGCAAAGUUGAGAGGUGAACUUCUACUUGGGGCUGAUUUGCUUGGGAAGGGUGCACAAUUUGAGGAGGCCACGCGCAUUAUCCUCUGGUUUGUGUUUGCUAACUCUCUAUGGUUAACUGGGAGCACGGGAUGGCCAUUGAAGCAGUUUACAGAGAAAGAGAAGCUUCUAACAAAAGCCAAGUCAUUUGCAAAGAAGUUGUCAAACCAGUUUUAUGGGCUUGUUUGUUCAGAGGCUGACAUUUUACUGAAUAAGCCAAGCAACUUAUUCUUGAUGAAACAAUAUUUAACCGCUUCUCAGAGGCACAAGAGUAUCCGAGGUGAAAUAUUAACUGCUCGAAUGAUUCUAGAUCAUCACCUUCGUUUAAAUAUCUCAAAAUAUGAAGGGAUAGAUGAAUUGGUUUUUGAUCUAGCAAGCUAUUCUGAAGAGCAAAUUUCUAACAACCAGGUUUCCACUGAGACACUGGUCUACUUUUGGAAUUUCUGGAAGGAUAAAAUCAUGGAGAUAUUUGAGUAUCUUGAUCAUGCUGAAAUCAAAGAUAACAGUGAUUAUAGAAAAUAUGAAGAAUUCUGCUUGAAUUAUUUUGGUGUGUGGAGACAGUUUAAGAAUCAGAGUAUUGUCUAUUUUCUGGUGAAUUCUGAUGCUGAAUGGAUGAGAAAACUGGAAAACAAACAUGUUUGUGGUAACCAGAGGCAGGUUUCUAUUUCUCUCUGUCAAUUUGUCUCUGCUGCAAGGAGUUAUUGGCGUUCAGAAUUACUCUCUAUUGGCCAGCAAGUUCUGACAAAGCUUGAGGCAUUCUAUAUUUCCUCAUGCGGAAAUUCUUUGUCAGCCUUCUGUCGAAGCAGAUCUCUUAUUCUUAUCUAUGAGGUUGCCAGUUUUCUGUUGAAGUCCAAGUUUCUGAAGAACCAGCAUGUGGACAAGGAUCUGAUGAAAUUUGUUCAGCUGUCAACAAUUGAUGUUUUUGGCUACAUAUUUCCCCUUGAUUGGCGAGAAUCCUUGAGAGAGAACAUGAUCUCUCUGAGGGGAACUGAAAUUUCAAGGAAUUUACUUGAAGAAGUUAUGUUUGAAAAGAUCAGGACAAACAAUAGUAGGUUGUCUUAUGGGGAAACUGGAAAGGUGGCUUUGAUAAUUCUUGGAUCUUGUCAGCUUAAUAUUGAACUGUAUAGAAAGAUACUUGAUGCUUUAGAAUGGAAUGAAGCAUGGAGGGACUUCAUUGGGAGUCUUGAAGAGGAUAGAGUUUCUCCUCCAGUUUCUACAACUGGCCGUAUCAAUGAGGGGAAUGGAAGCUCAGAAUCUACAACUGGAUCUGCUGCUGGAUAUAUCGAAGAAAUUGGGAAUAAGCCAAUUAUAUUGAAGUUCCUUGAAGCUUUAAAAGAUACUUAUAAAGCUAACUGGAGGAAGAUAUCUGAUUAUGUGUCACCAGUUUGUUUCUUGUAUCUUGUUGAGCGGUAUCUACUUUUGUUAUCCUACUUCAAGGGAUACUUUUACACCACAAAGACUACUUUUGUGGAAUGGCUUAUCUACCAGGAUGGGGUACCCAGCUCAACUUCCAGUUUUAUGGCAGUUAAGCAGCAAUCUUUGGAAGACAUUCUGAAAUUUGUAAUUGACAUGGUCCGGCAGCUCCUCUAUGCCAAGGGAGAGACCAUUGAUUGGAUCAAAAAGUCUCGUAUAAAUGUGAGGGAUUACCAUUCACUAAUGGUUUUGAGAUUGGUUGUCAUUAUAUGUUUGCUUCAUUUGAACUUUGACAAGUGUCUUGAUUUACUUUUUGACUUGCUGGGUCGAAAGCAUAUUACAGACCUACUGCCCCAGGAUUUUUAUGAUGCCCUUCGGAGAAGGCGGAGUCAUAAUUGUCUGAAUAUCGACAAAAAUGUGCUUGCUCAUGCAUUUAAAAUAAUUGGAAACCCUCUCAUAAUUGUGAGCAUGGGGGUAAACUGUCCUAAAUUUGUAUGCCAGGAUGCUAUAUUUGUUGAUAUGAAGGUCAAACCCUGCAAGGAGGAAAUAUUGAGAGUCUUGUUCCCUAAAACUGGAAGUUCUGAAUAUGGAACUGCUGAUUUUUGUGGUGAAGUUCUUCCUCCAGCCAGUUAUGAUGAAGGGAAGAGCUUAAAGAUUGUUCCCACUUCAAGCUCUGGUUCUCUGUCAGAUCAACACUUGAAUGCUCAGAAUCAAGAUGAUGGUGAAAUACUGAUUAACGAUGUUCAUUUUUGGGAAAUUGUCGAGGCCUUGAAGGCAGUGGGUGGCAUCAAAGAUCAAUGGACCAUCAGGUCAUAUGCUUCAAAAAUGAGGGUGUACCUGGAUAAAUGUGUUUCCUUCCUCAAUGCUGCAACAAAAGGAUGUUUGGAGAAGCAACCUGCAGGUAAUGAAGACAACUUUUCAAGGGAAGCAAUGAACGUGCUUGAGGAAAUGAAGCAACUCCAAGCUCAACUGGAACCAAAUGAGCUGAAACUUGAAAGUAGCAUUCCUAUAAUUGGAGCCCUUUGCGACGAGUUGCAUUCAAGAAGGUCUAUACUGGAGCCUUUUCUGCAGCAGCUAUUCUUGCAGCAAGAUGAAGAUCAUAUAUCUGAUGAAUUUGGCAGCCAAUGUGAUAUGGAAGAGAGUAGCAGUAAGGCUGAGGAAUGUAGUAAGGUUAAGAAUCCAGCUUCAAAAUCUACUGUCAAUUGCAAACCCCAAGGGAACAUUAAAUCUAAGAAAAACAACAGGAGUCGUGGCCGCAAACGCAAGUAGAUAAGCAUUCCUAAAAUUCUAGAGGGUGUAUUACCCAUAUAUAUUCACAUUGGUUGCAUAUUACUUUGCUUGUAGCAUAGAUCUUUUUUUUUUUUUUUAAGUUAUACUAGAACUUGUGCUAUGACUUGAAAGCACAUCUAUUCUUAUUUUAUGACCCACUCUAUCUACUUUAUUGUGUCAACUUAUGGUGGGAUCUAUGGUCUGAACUGGGUUUGAAGAAAAGUGCCCAAUGUGAGUGGUACUGCUACCUCUAACUCUGAAAAUCUCGAUAUAUUAUCGAUUCUAUUGCUAAUCAAAA